GUACACGUAUUUUCGUUUCCAUUGAACGAAAACUGUCGUUAAAGAUGGCUCAAUGCAAUCCCUCGUAGUGAUUUAGUGGUUACAAAAUACACCCGAGUAUGUAAUUUGCAGUUUGCUGAAGACAGCAUCAUUUGGGAAUCCACCUUCCAUGACGAAAAGACAGGACAUAUCAAGCAGAAGAAGCCGAGAUGAGAAAUUGAGGGACAAGGAACAAGAACAACUACUUAAAGCACUGCAAACUAGCAUUGAUGAUUAUUCCUCCUAUCAAAAAUCAACUUGUUUUCAAAAUUAUUCUGACUUUCUAACAGUUUUCAGUUCAUGGCAAUGCCCAUAUGGGUGGCAUAAAAUUGUUCAGGAUAAAGUUACUUUGUUUAAGUUAGAAUAUAAACCAGCACCCAUCAUAACUCACUCUGUAAUUGUUGAUAAAGAUCUCAAUGUAAAAACGUAUAUGUAUUCCCAAGAAUUGUUACUCAACUCAGGUAAUAUAAAACUCCAUUUUUAUUAUCUAAUAUACACCACUUGGAUGAUGUUCUGCAUGUUCUUUCUGAGAAUGCAGAUGCUUCGAGGGAAUAUUCAGGUAAAGACCAGUUCAGAGCCACUAUCAACCAUGCUUGCAAUAUUUUAAAUAGCACAGAACGGCACAGACAGCAGCUGUGGCCGCAGUAGUAGACUCUUCGGUCUCCUGAUCAGUCGCCGUGCGCUGUGCGGGUUCGAGUCCCGUCCCAGGAGAAAUUUUUCUCUUGGCUAUGGAUAUUGUGAUUGUCCACAUGCAAACGAGAUUAGCCAAGAAAACGUUGACAAGAAAGCGUCAAACUAUUGGCUCACCUCAGGCCAAAUGUUCCCUGAGACUGAGGGAUUCCUUGUAGCUAUACAGGACCAGGUCAUCCCUACCAACAAUUACAAGAGGUUCAUACUUAAGAACUUGCAACAGUCUGAUAAAUGCAACACCAGGAGUUGGCAUACAAAUUCAAACUGAUCGAAUGCAAGCUACAGUACUAUAAAUAUACAACGCAAUGUGUCCUCGAGAACGACAAGUAUAAACUAUACUGGGAUCGCACUGUGCUUACGGACCAAUACAUAAAACAAAACAGACCUGACACAAUCAUUGUCGACAAGGGCGCCCAGAAAGUAACACUGAUUGAUGUGGCCAUACCUAAUAGUAACAAUUUAACAUACAAACAUAAUGAGAAAGUUGCAAAAUACAGGGAGCUAGAAUUUCAAAUUAAACGCCAGUGGAAAAUGAAGUACGUGGAGACAAUACCAAUAAUUAUGUCAUCUACAGGGGUGAUACCAAGAAGCCUGCUAGAAAACAUCAAAGCGCUGGAACUGGGUGAAAAAAUUUACAAAAUCAUACAGAAAGGAGUUUUGCUGGCAACUGCCCGCAUAGUAAGAAAGUCUAUGGGAAAUGCAAGUACCUAGUGAGGUCACUAUUGAGGCUUAUCCCUUUGAUGCUUGAAACGUCCGUGUUAAACCAGAACACCCCGAUUAACAGGAGUAACAAAGCCCUACGGCUAUAAAAUAAUAAUAAUAAUAAUAAUAAUAAU